AUGGACAACGACGACGGACAAUACGGCCACGGCGUCGACGGCCACCACCUGCAAGACCUCCACGACGACGACGACGACGCCCACGACCCGGAGGCGGCGGCGAGAGCAGGGUCACACGCCCACCACCACCACGAUGUGAGUUACGCCGCCGUGAUGGGGAUGCCUGACAUGAUGGGCGGCGGGAUGCCCACGUUCUCCUCCGCGACGUACCCUGCAGUGGGCAGUGACGGGUCAGCAGCCGCCCUCGAGAUGCCGCAGCUGGCUCCGGCGUACAUCACGGACGGCUACCACCUCCAGCAGCCGCAAACAUGGCAGGACCCGCUGAUGGCUGACCACGUCGACCCUACAGACCCCGUGCAAUGGACCUGGGCCAAUGCCGCCGCCGCAGGCCCGCAGCACGUCGUCGCCAUGACGCAGCAGCAGCACUACGGCGUGGCCGCGCCGCCCACGGACGCGGCGGGGCAGGCAAUGGUCUACUAUAACCACAACAUCCCGUACGGGAGCAUGCAAGAGGAUCUCGGUGGCGGCGGCAGCAGCAGCGGCGUGGACGCCAAGGGGAAGCGGAAGCAGACGAGCAGCAGGGCGGCUACUACGACGACGACCAAGAGCCGGCCCAAGGCGAGAUCCUCUCACUCCUCUUCCAAAUCGACGGCCAAGUCCGCAAAGACGACAGCGACGCCGGCGACAGCGACAACGACAACAUCCUCCUCCUACCCUCCCUCCUCGAAAGCCUCGCCCACCUCCACGAUGAGCACGGCACCUACCGAGCCCGAACCGCCCUCGACAGGGUCGCGAGGCCGACGCUCGAGCACAAUGGCCGACGCCGGCAGCAGUUACUACAGGGAACAAAUAAGCGGCGGCGGCGGCGACUACGGCGGAGGGCCGUCGUCGUCCAAAAAGACACAGACGCAGCGGGACCGGGAGCAGAACCGCGCCGCGGCGACCAAGUGCCGGGCCAAGACCAAGGCGGCCAUCAACAAGCUCGAGGAGGACGAGCGGUACGCGAGCGAGCAGCGCGCGUACCUCGCGGCCAUCGCAGACCGCCUCCGCAGCGAGGUGCUGUUCCUCAAGUCGGAGCUGCUCCGCCACAGCGACUGCGACUGCGUCCUGAUCCAGCAGUACCUGGCCCGGAUGGCCAAGCUCAUCAGCCAGGGCUCCGACGAGGAACCGGCCCUGCCCGCUGGGCCCAGCACGUACGGAGACGGGGACGUGGCGGCCCCGCCCGGCGCGCCAGACGAGCGUGGAUGA